AUGCCUUCUACUUCUGAAAAUACAACUACUGGAGCCUCUAAGCUGAUGGAAUCUAUUACCGAUGCUAUCGAUAAGGUUUCCAGCAUCCUAACUCCUUCCGCAAAGAAGAAAGCUGCAAUCAGGAAAACUAAAACAUCUUUAUCAAGUGCAGCUAAGGAGAAAAAAGCUAAAAUACAGAAAAAGAAGAAAAUUGCUGCCGCUGCAGCCAAACAAAAGAAAGCUGCAGCUGCUGAAAGGAAAAAAGCUGCUGCCAAACAGAAGAAGAUUGCUGCCAGGCUUAGAAAAGCAGCUUUAGUUCAGAAAAAGAAAAAGGCUGCUGCAGCUGCGAAAUUGAAAAAAGCUGCACUACGGGAAAAGAGGAAAAAUGCUGCUGAACAGAGGAAAACAUCAAAGAAAAACAACAACGUCUCUAUUUCUGUUGUAGUUUCUCCAAGCCCAAGUGAUAACAUCCCGAACAAUCUACUUCCAACUGCUACAAAGAAGAGUGCUGGAUCAUCUGCUCAGUCUCAAUCUAAGUGUAUGAUCUUUAAGGACAGCCUUUAG